GAAACAAAAUGGAAAGCAGCCCGCUAACUCGACCUCCCUGCGUUCGGUCGGGUAAAACGGUAGAACGACUACUUCCUGUUCCGGGGAAGCCAAGCAGGCGGCCUGAGACGGGUCUUGAACACAUCCGCAACCUUCGUUAAGGGCCAGCCCCAAAAGUGCCAUGGCUGAUGGAAGGAUCUACGUAGGAAACCUUCCAACCGAUGUGCAGGAACGUGACAUUGAGGAUCUCUUUUAUAAAUAUGGCAAAAUCCGGGAAAUUGAACUAAAAAACAACCGGGGUACAAUACCCUUUGCCUUUGUCCGCUUUGAAGAUCCAAGAGAUGCAGAGGAUGCAGUAUAUGGGAGGAACGGGUAUGGCUUUGGAGACUGCAAGCUUCGUGUAGAGUACCCACGCUCCUCUGCUUCCAAAUUCACUGGCCCCAUGGGAGGGGGCCCACGGGGGCGUUUUGGGCCUCCAACUCGACGGUCUGAGUUCCGAGUCAUAGUGACCGGCCUCCCUCCAACAGGCAGCUGGCAGGACCUGAAGGACCACAUGAGAGAAGCAGGGGAUGUGUGCUUUGCUGAUGUCCAGCGUGAUGGUGAAGGUGUGGUGGAGUUCCUCCGGAGAGAGGACAUGGAGUAUGCAUUGCGCCGUUUGGACAGGACAGAGUUUCGAUCACACCAGGGAGAGACUGCCUUCAUUCGAGUCCAUGAGGAGAGGGGUUCCAGCUGGGGUCGUUCGCGAUCCCGUUCCAGGUCCAGGGGACGGUAUUCGCCCCCCUACCAAAGCAGGGGCUCCCCGCCACCCCGCUACCAGUCCCCGCCUCCCCGUCGACACUCGUUGUCCCAUCAUAGCCCUCCUCCACGUCGCCUUCCCAUGCAGCAUCACAGCCCACCCCCACGCCACUACCGGUAAACUCUGAGAUUGGAUCCAGUAGAUGUUUGGAGGUUUUUUGUUUCCCACAAUCCAUUUUUUCCCCUCCUGUUCCCACCUGUGUUUUACUUACAUUCCACAAUCAGGACUGUCCCCAGAAAUCUGCAUCUUCAGCGUGUCAUCGCAGCAAGACAACUUUGGCGACCAGUUGAGGCUUCAGAUUCUAGAUUUUUUAUUUUUUCCCCCCGCUCCCUUCUUUCUGUUGUUGUUUAAAUGCCUCAGCAGGUUGUUGGAGAGUCAAAGACUGGGUUUGCGUAUGCAUGCGCGUACACGUAUGUGACGAUGCAGUUUUAAUCAGCCGGAUUAGAAUACACCGCACAGCGUGAAAAUAAAUUUCUCAUUAACAAUCCCUUUUUAAUUUAAUUUUUUUUUCUUUUUGUAAACAUGUUUCUGAGGCCUGGUUGUGUUGUGGAAUCUAGGGUUCUAGUCCUUUCUGGAGUGACCUGUUUUCCAGUGGUCAUCUUCCAUCUAAAAUGUCUUUCUGUGAUUUUUUUUUUCUUUUUUUUUUUUUUUUUUUUUCUUUUGUUUUAAAUAAAAGUGGCAAAAAAUCUCUCCUUCUGAAGUUGGUUGUUUAUGAUCUAUAGUUUUUUUUUCUUCCCCUUAUAAAUGUAAUCACUUUAACUCCUCACUGUGAUGAACUCCAUGGACAGGACUGCUGAAAAUUGUCAUUUUGGGUAUUACCUGUAUCCAACAUGAUGGCCCUCCACUGUGAUAAGAUGUUAUGGUUUAUAUGUGCAAAACAGUAUAUAUACACGUGUUAAUUUUUUUUUACAUGUACCAAUUACUGUAGCAGUAGAACUAAUCUCAGUUUACAAAAC